AUGACGACCACUAUAAAGAAUAUAAUUUAUUUGACACUGGCAUUUCCAACAAUUCCUGGACUUUCAGCAUUAAGGGCUUUCCGAGCUCUUAAGAUGAUUGCAAUUUUACCUGGGCUCAAGACUAUCAUUGGUGCUAUAUUCAAGUCUGCUAGGCUGCUAAUGGAAGUCCUUCUUCUCAUGAUGUUUGUUCUCCUAAUAAUUGCAUUGUUUGGACUUCAAAUUUUCAAAGGCGUUCUGACACACAAGUGUAUAAAAAACAUGGAACCCAGGGUUAACAUUACUCAUGCGGAAUGGGAAAACUAUAUCCAAAACAAAUCUAACUGGCUUGUUAUUGAAGAUGUUGAUACAAUGGUUUGUGGAAAUGGAACAGGUACUGGCCAGAACAUCCUUCCCCAGAUAAGGAAACCAAAACUGCACAUAAUACUCCAGGAUUGGUCCCACCAAGGCACUGUACAACUACAGCAGACUGUUCCGAUACUGAAAUCCACUCACUGUGAAGGCCAACAUACUAUUUGCCUUCUUUACCACCUGCUUCAACUCCUGCUACAUCUGCAGGCUUACUCUCAGUGA